AUAUUAUAUUAUAUUAUUAUUGUUGGACCAAAGGUUUUCUUAAAGUUGUAACCUUGAAAAUCAAUAAUUUGUUAUGUUGUAAAAUGUCUCAAUCUCAGAUCUUAACAACUAUUGUUGUUCUUGCAUUUCUGGGUUUUGCUUCUGCAAAAAACAGAGUAAAUGUUAACCGACAAAACUAUGUAUCCAAAAAUACCACCCAAGAAAAUAUUGUUCCUUCAACGGUACAAGGCACCAUCUUCUGCGUUAGUUAUGAUGGAAAUGAUUGGACUCCCAUGAAAGGGGCAUAUGCAAGGGUAUCAUGCCUAAGGUACUUAGUAGAGUCAACAAUGACAAAUGAAAAUGGUUACUACACAAUCAGUUUGCCUGCUAAACGUUACAGCGAUUGUAAGGUGUUCCUUGAUAGACCUGGCGACGGUAACAACUGCAGUGUACCGACAAACACCAAUCAAGGCCUCGCCGGUGCUCCUCUUGUAAACCCGGUCCGCCAACCGGACAAUGUUAACCUCUACUCCUACGGACCUUUUGUUUUCAAUCCGGUUUUACCUAUAUUGGAAUCGGAUAUAUGAAUAUGAAUUGUAUUUAUGCUUACAAAAGGGUUUGUGCAAUUGUAGUUGGAUUUGAGAAAAGGAAUUGAUCGUGAUAUUGAGUAUGAUCUUUUUGUUAGGAUUUUGGUUUGAUGAUUUGUGAAUGUAAUUACUGUUAAAUGCGUUAAGAAUGAAGAAAUGAAGCACAUUUCUCUUUAGAUUUCAAGCA